GGUCCUUUAAGGACUUUCUCUGAGGAAAGGCAGGAGAGCUAUAGCGUUUCCAUAUUUCCCGGAAGCCUCUCUUUGCGAAGCACUGGGGGCUUGCCCAUGGCGCCCCCGCUGGCACCGCUCCCGGCGGAUGUACCCGGGGCGGCCGGGCCGGGGCGGACGAGGGAAAGCGGCCCAGGGGCCGUAAGCUUCGCGGACGUGUCUGUGUACUUCUCCCCGGAGGAGUGGGGGUGUCUGCGACCCACGCAGAGGGCCCUGUACCCGGACGUGAUGCGGGAGACCUACGGCCCCCUGGGCGCGCUCGGAUUUUCAGGCCCCAAACCGGCUUUUAUAUCUUGAGUGGAAGGAGAGGUGGAGGCGUGGGUCCCGGAGGCCCAGGAUCCAGAGGGUGAGAGCCCAGCAGCUGUCAGCAGAGACGAGGGAAAGGUCGCAGGAUCCAGCGAUGGGAGUGAGGAGAAAGAAGGGCUGAAGAAGAGUCCACAGCAAAAAGAGAUGGAACGUGAGGGAGUAUCCCUCAAGGAAUGGUUGCCAUCUAGCAUGCCAUGUGACCCCAGUCACAAAGCUGCCUGCCCAGAGCUCUACUGGAACUGGAGGCAAAGCCCCAUCAAGCCUUGGCUCAAGGACACUCCCACCCGCAGACCACCCUACUCUUGCCCAGACUGUGGCCACAUCUUCAGCUACCCCUCCCUCCCGGCCAACCAUAAGCGGGUCCACUCCGGGGAGCGGCCCUUUCCCUGCAACCAGUGUCAGGCCCGUUUCUCCCAGCGCAAGUACCUGCUCCAGCAUCAGUUCAUCCACACAGGUGAAAAGCCCUACACUUGCCCUGAUUGUGGGCGACGCUUCCGCCAGAGGGCUUCCCUGGCCAUCCACAGGGGGACUCACACUGGGGAGAAGCCUAACCCAUGCCCAGAUUGCAAGAGUCGCUUCACUUACCCCUACCUGCUAGCCAUCCACCAGCGCAAGCACACAGGGGAGAAGCCCUACAGCUGUCCCAGCUGCAGCCUCCGUUUUGCCUACGCCUCCCUGCUGGCUAUCCACAGGCGCGCACACACAGGCAAGAAGCCCUAUCCCUGCCCUGACUGCGGCCUUCGCUUUACCUACUCUUCUCUCCUCCUCAGUCACCGGCGCAUCCAUUCUGACAGCCGGCCCUUCCCCUGCCCGGAGUGUGGGAAAGGCUUCAAGCGCAAGUAUGCCUUGGAAGCCCAUCAGUGGAUCCAUCGCUCUGGCCAGAGACUGAGGUGGCAGCAGCCUGCAGUAGGGCUUUCAGAUCCAAUCCCUGUUUUGGCAGGCCACGAUCCCCCAGUUCAUUUCCGGUACUUUCCAGAUAUAUUUCAAGAGUGUGGGUGAUAGAGCUCACAUGAGAUGAUUAGAGUUUUCUCUGGAAAGGAAGAGGCAAAGUUUAUGCGUUUGGGGGAUAAGGAAAAGAAGUGGGCAUUUAAGGAAAACAAAGCUCUGCGUUAGGAAAUGAGCAGAGGUGACAGGGCACAGAGAAGGUGUGUUGGAAGAAGGACGCAGGAAUCUGAAAGGCCGCCUGAGGGCUGAACCCAUUUUCUGAGGCUCCCACUUCCAAGUCUCACUGGGGGUUACUUCACUGCAAACCAUUCACUUAACUGGCUUUUUGUUCUGGAUUGUUCUCUCCCUUAGAGCAUUCUGUUCUCUGGGCUGUAUCUCUCCUUUACCUCAGAGAUGGGGUCCCCUAGAUGCAAAAGCCUAUUAAAGGAGCCUGUAUCCACUCUGGGGAUCCCCUGGAAUAGAGGGCAUACCUUGGACCUGUCCCCACUGGGGGAAGCUCAUCCAAGGAUUCUGUCUUUUAGCCAGUGUAGGUGAAACAUCUGGCAAGGAGACACAUGCGGUGUCAAGCCACUGUGGGCACUGUUUAGUCUUGAAGACCUAGAGGUGGCCAGAGAAAGGACAAUGGCUUCAGGUGGGGAACUGUCCUGCCCCACGCUCACUCUGCGUGUACGGCACACAAGUAUCAAACUUCAUAAGCUUAAAGUUAUUUUUCAAACUUUUAUGAAUUAGUGAUUGCAAUGUUUUUUCUCCAGAUAUUUACAUGUUCCCUGGAUUUUACAUCUUUUGAAUAAAGAUAUAUUCUUGGGCCACAGCAGCUGGAAAUACAGUGCUGGGGACUUGUUUAUUUUUAAAGAAAGAGUAAAUUACUGUGAUGAGAGUUGAAAUCAAGGCAUAGUAUCUCCAGUCUAAUUUUUACUGUAGGGCCGGCCCCGUGGCUUAGCGGUUAAGUGCACGCGCUCUGCUGCUGGCGGCCUGGGGUCGGAUUCCGGGCGCGCACCCACACACCGCUUGUCCGGCCA